GUGUUGGAAGUUGAAAACCACAAUUAACGGUCCCACUCUAUCAGAAGCAGAUAAGUAGUAGUAAUUGAAUGAAGUAUGUGUGAUGAUCAAUCCGUGUAUGCAAAUGCAAGUGAAGGCUAUGGCCAUGGCAACAGCAAAUAGCCUCAUCUCCAUUUCCACUACUUCACUGUUGAGUCGAACACCAUCACCUCAUCAUCAUCAUCAACCAAAGACAACAACGUUAAAUAGUCUCCUAAAACACAACAAGGACCAUCAUCAACAACAGACAACUCCACCAUCCUCUUUCACUGUCGGUGCUCUUAAGAUAUCAACUCCUUCAAUCAGAAGGCGUAGGUUGAUUUGCUCAGCAUCAGCAUCUUCCUCUUCCACUUUUCCCUCAGCUCUUCUCUUUGACUGUGAUGGUGUCCUCGUUGACACCGAAAAAGAUGGCCACCGCAUUUCUUUCAACGAUACCUUCCAAGAGAAAGAACUAGGCGUUACCUGGGACGUGGAACUGUACGGUGAAUUGCUCAAAAUUGGAGGUGGAAAAGAAAGGAUGACAGCGUACUUUAACAAAACCGGUUGGCCUGCGAAUGCCCCGACGGGUGAACAAGAAAGAAAAGAUUUCAUAGCCUCACUUCACAAGCGAAAGACAGAACUAUUCAUGGCACUUAUUGAGAAAAAACUCUUGCCUCUUCGCCCAGGUGUUGCAAAGCUUAUUGAUCAGGCUUUAGCUCAAGGAGUCAAUGUUGCAGUUUGCAGCACUUCCAAUGAGAAGGCGGUCUCUGCAAUAGUAUCAUUUUUACUGGGACCUGAGCGAGCAGAAAAAAUCCAGAUAUUUGCAGGAGACGUGGUUCCCCGCAAAAAGCCUGAUCCGGCCAUCUAUCUACUAGCAGCCAGCACUCUCGGUGUCGAACCUUCAAGAUGUGUUGUCGUCGAGGAUAGUAACAUAGGCUUAGCAGCUGCUAAAGCAGCUGGAAUGAAGUGUAUCGUAACAAAGAGCGGGUAUACAGCAGAUGAAGAUUUCUUAAAUGCAGAUGCUGUAUUUGACUUCAUUGGUGAUCCUCCUGAGGAGAGAUUUGAUUUGGCAUUUUGUGGUAGCCUUCUUGAGAAGCAAUAUGUCAGCUAGCAAACUGUGAAGUGAUCCAGAUUUUGUAUGAUUCAAGUCUCCUUCACUAUUUCUAUCACUGCUCCAUUGCUCAUAUGUUUUCAGCCUCACCCUUUUAAGCUAAUGAUGAAAAUAUCAAUGUUAUAUUGGUUGUGUAAAGAAGCUUAUUUCUUGUUAAGCUUCAUUUAUGUUCAGUUUUCUUUUUCUUUUCAUUAUUAUUAUUUACACCUAGAGAACAAAUGAAACUUAAAAUUUAGGUAAUCCUUUUAAUGACUAAAAAUGUCAAAGCCUGAAUUUCUUUAGCAUA